CAUCUGAGUAUCAAUAGAUUUAAUAAAGACCAGCACUUUUGAGCGACUAAUCAGAAUUUACAAUAUUUAGCUCUGUUUGAAUUGAAAAUAAGAAUCUGAGAGAUAUGCCUUCCCACAAACCGUUGAAAAUGAAAAUAAAACUACCGACUCGAGUACAGCCGGAAGUAGUGCCUCCGCCGGGCGAGACUGGACUCUACACAAAUAAGAUACACUAUUUGAGGAAGUAUCUGCUGGAUGAGCUGAUCUCAAAGAAGUUUGCCAUGGACUUUAUGGAACCGGUGGAUACGGCAGCACUGCAAGUGCCCAAUUACUAUACCAUCAUUCGGAGGCCAAUGGAUGUGGGAACGAUCAUUAAACGUGUACAGAAUCGAUACUAUCAUCGUGUGGAUGAGCUGAUCCUUGACUUUAGAUUGGUGAUAAGUAACUGUUUCACGUUUAAUCGACCGGGCGAUGUGGUAUAUCGUAAUUGCCAGAAACUGGAGAGGUUUUUUUACAGGGUACUCAAUAAAAUGCCGAGAGGUGAGGAAAAAGUCAGCACAAAGGAUCCUCGAGCACCGGGUAAACAAAGUUUUGAGAAAACCUCAGAGGCUGUUCAACGUCAAUGCAGGGAGCAGAUAAGGAAACUGCAGAUGUCCAUCGCAAGGGAGGAGGACAAAAGUAUCUGCAAGUAUUUCAGUGGCAAGUGGGAUACGUUGUUCCAAAAAGUCGAUAAAUAUUAUUUUAGGACCGUCGAGGAGUAUCGUUUCGAACUGGACUACAUAUUCAAGAAAUUUGACAUUGAGGUAAAGCUGCUCUACUAUUUUUUUCAUAGGGUCUGCGAGAACGGAAGCUUUCCGCUCUAUGAAAACUGUCUCAUGUCCAAAGAGCAGGAAAUAACCAAAUAUUCCGAAUCGCGCUACAAUCUCCUGGAUAAAGAUAUAACGGAGGUGCUCUAUACACUCAAAAGGGCAGAGAGCGGCGUGGAUCAUUGUCAAAAGUCUUAUACUAGUGAAAAGGAAGAACGUGCCAGAAAUCUCAUCGAAGUCUUCGUCGACGCUGCAAACAGACUUCAACUAAAGUUAAAGAAUGAAUACCAGGGAACAUCCGAAAUGAGCGAAGAAGAAAAUGAUGUCGGAAACAGCGACAACCAGGAAACUGAGAACACCUAUUCGUAUGCACAGCAAUCUUCUGAUGAGGAAGAGUAUGAACCAGAGGACUAUGAAGUCAACACCAUUCCUCAAGUAGAACAAGAGGGAUAUAAUAUGCAAAUUGGGGAUUCUUAUUCGCAAUCCCCAGACUGGAAGAAGGCUCGCAUCGACUGUACCAAUGAUCUUAAUGAUUCGACAACUUCUUCUGAAGCUGAAGUUGAAGCGGAAGAUGAAACUGAAUCUGAGGCUGAAAUUGAAUCUGAUGUGGAAGCUGAUGCUGAUGUUCAAACUGAGGCUGAAGUUGAAACUGAAGCUAAUGCUGAUGCUGAUGCUGAAACUGAAGAUGCUCCGAACAAUUCGAUGCUCUGGGCGGACUUGGAGCUGACUAGCAGCGAAGAAAGCAAUGGAAGUGAAUUAGAAUAAUGCUUAAAAUCAUAAUAUUUCAGUUGCACUUUGUAUAUCGAUUAGAAAUUGAUAUGUAAGUUAUUUGAUUCGACUUUGAUAUAUAC